AUGGAUUACCAAGUACCACCACACAUUAAAACCCCAAUUACGGACAUCUUUUCAAAUCUCCAUAACUUUCAGAAUCAUCCAGACUGUGCGAUACGUGAACUAGAGCUUGUUGAUUGUCUUGAGGCAUAUGGACCACAACAUGCUGAAAGAAAAUGUCGUGUUCUAAUGGCUGAUCUGAAAGAAUGUGUUUUUCGAACGAAACAGAGACACAGACUUGUAAUAAUGAGUGGCGAGCGCCACAGACAAGUUUGCGAUGGUGAAAGAGAUCCUGCUAAUAAAUAUGCUAAGCCACCACCAAUGGACACUUACUAAUGUGUUAAAAUUGUAUAAUGAUAUUAAUUAGUCGAUGAAUAAACGUCCUCCAAGAUGUUGUGAAACUCA